CGGGGCCACCCCCAGGCUGAGCCGGGGUGGGACGGCGCUCCUGGCGGCCGCACACCGACACAGACGUGCGGGCGCCGGGGCGGGAAGCGAGCGCGCGAGCUCGGGGCCAUGGAGAAAGCGCGGCCGCUGUGGGCCAACCCGCUGCAGUUCGUGUUCGCCUGCAUCUCGUACGCCGUGGGCCUGGGCAAUGUGUGGCGCUUCCCCUACCUGUGCCAGAUGUACGGCGGAGGAAGUUUCCUGGUGCCCUAUGUCAUCAUGCUCAUCGUGGAGGGAAUGCCGCUCCUGUACCUGGAACUGGCCGUCGGACAGCGCAUGCGCCAGGGCAGCAUCGGCGCCUGGAGGACCAUCAGCCCCUACCUGAGCGGUGUCGGCGUCGCCAGCGUGGUGGUCUCCUUCUUCCUGUCCAUGUACUACAACGUCAUCAACGCCUGGGGCUUCUGGUACCUCUUCCACUCCUUCCAGGACCCCCUGCCGUGGUCUCUCUGCCCACUGAACGGCAACCACACGGGCUACGACGAGGAGUGUGAGCAGGCGUCCUCCACGCAGUACUUCUGGUACAGGAAAACCCUCAACAUCUCGCCGUCCAUCCAGGAGACCGGCAGCGUGCAGUGGGAGCCGGCGCUGUGCCUCGUCCUGGCCUGGCUCGUGGUCUACCUGUGCAUCCUGAGGGGCACCGAGUCCACCGGCAAGGUGGUGUAUUUCACUGCGUCGCUGCCCUACUGUGUGCUCAUCAUCUACCUGGUCAGGGGCCUCACGCUGCACGGAGCCACCAACGGCCUGGCAUACAUGUUCACGCCCAAGAUGGAGCAGCUGGCCAACCCCAAGGCCUGGGUCAACGCGGCCACCCAGAUCUUCUUCUCGCUCGGCCUGGGCUUCGGCAGCCUGAUCGCCUUCGCCAGCUACAACGAGCCCUCCAGCAACUGCCAGAGGCAUGCGAUCAUCGUGUCCCUCAUCAACAGCUCCACCUCCAUCUUCGCCAGCAUCGUGACCUUCUCCAUCUACGGCUUCAAGGCCACCUUCAACUAUGAAAGCUGCCUGAACAAGGUGAUUCUGCUGCUGACCAAUUCUUUCGACCUGGAAGACGGCUUUCUGACAGCCAGCAACCUGGAGCAGGUGAAGAGCUACCUGGCCUCCACCUACCCCGGCAGAUACAGCGAGGUGUUCCCGCAGAUGAAAAACUGCAGCUUGGAAGCGGAGCUGGACACGGCAGUCCAGGGCACCGGCCUGGCUUUCAUCGUCUACACCGAGGCCAUUAAAAACAUGGAGGUGUCCCAGCUGUGGUCGGUGCUGUACUUCUUCAUGCUGCUGAUGCUGGGCAUCGGGAGCAUGCUGGGCAACACGGCCGCCAUCCUCACCCCGCUGACCGACAGCAAGGCCAUUUCCAGACGCCUGCCCAAGGAGGCCAUCUCGGGUCUGGUGUGCCUCGUCAGCUGUGCCAUCGGCAUGGUGUUCACCACGGAGGCCGGCAACUACUGGUUCGACAUCUUCAAUGACUACGCAGCCACGCUGUCCCUGCUUCUCAUCGUCCUGGUGGAGAUCGCGGCCGUGUGCUAUGUGUAUGGACUGAGGAGAUUUGCAAGUGACCUUCAGGCCAUGACGGGCCGCCCCCUGAACUGGUACUGGAAGGCCAUGUGGGCCUUCGUGAGCCCGCUCAUCAUCGUCAGCCUCUUGCUCUUCUACCUGAGUGACUACAUCCUCACGGGGACCCUGCAGUACCAAGCCUGGGACGCCUCCCAGGGCCAGCUCGUGACCAAGGAUUACCCCACGUACGCCCUGGCCGUCAUCGGGCUGCUCGUGGCCUCCUCCACCAUGUGCAUCCCCCUGGUGGCCCUGGGGGCUUUCAUCAUGCGCUGCCUCAAGAGGGGCGGAGGCACAGCCUCCGAGGCCUGAGAGCGGGCCUCCCCGAGGCCGCCGCCGCGCGCUCCGUGUCCCAGCUGCUCUUUCCAGGUGGCACCGCCUGGGCUGCUUGUGCGAGUAUUGGCCCCAGGAGCUCUCGGCCCCUCAUCUUCCCAGGUCCAGAAAGAAGAGGCUGGAACGUGGGGGAAGGAGGUGCCCCCCGGAGAACCCCCACCCUGCGCCCCAGGCGGCCCCUCGGGCCCUCUGCCACCCCCAAGGUUCCCUGGGCUGUCUCCUAGGUGUCACCACAGAGGCGGGUUGUCCAAGGCCAGCCUGAAAGACAGUUGCUUUCUCGAUGCUAGGAAAGCCCUCGGAUUAGAGCACACUGCGAGCUGAAAUGUGGCUGUAAUUUUUAUGGGAUAAAAUGGAAGCCACGUUUUCCCCCAGAUAUGAGAGGGCCAUCGUUUUUCAAUCGGUUUGAAAAGGAGUUUUUUAAGUGAGUGCCUGAGAGGACAGAUCGGAAUGUCCCUGGUGCAGACCUUGUCCUCUUUUCUCAGUCACAGUGACUGUGUGUUUGCUGGGUUCUUCUUCGCUAACAGGCUGGACGGGCCGUCAAGAAGGCCUCGAUUUGGGACUCACGAAAUUAGAAUUUCUCUAAGUCGAGGUCCCUCACUGCGGGCCCAGGACCAGUCCUCUCGACAAAAAUCGCCCCGACUCCCACGCGCAAGCCCAGCCGGCCUCUGGCACGGGUGCUGGAGGAGCCGCUGCGGACGGCCCUGCCCCUCGUGUCUUAGCGCCACCAAAAAAACCAGCCAGGGCCGCUGGGAGGGCAAGAGUCCACCUAACUUCCUGUUGUAUUUGAGCAUGACGGCCAAGUCCGUGUAGGAAAGACCAAGAACACUACUUACAAUCCAUUUAAAGUUAUU